AGCGUGGAGCAGGAAAGAAGCAUAACUGAACAUGGUUACAGGUUAAAUGCAUCUAGAAAAACUUGCUACUACAUGUGAACUAAUCAAUUUUCAGGAUAAUACUAGAGAUCUUUUAAUGAUCUUACCUGCCAGUGCUACUGCUACUACACGAGAACUCACAACAGCCUGACAUUUUAAAACAUAAAUAGAUGUCUACAAGAAAGUUGACCUCUUCUGAUCAAGGACAGAAGGCUGGCUGUGACAACAAGAUGGACAUGGUCUUUCUCAAAGGCCUCUCUUUGCCCAUAUGUGCAGAAGCCGGCCGGCCGGCGGAUGGUUAAACUAACCAUGUGAAAUGUGAAGCUACGAUGGUUCCAAUAGACAGCAACAUACUGUACGAUGUAGUUGCUGUCUUCACAUGGAAUGGAUGGAUGGCGUAGGAAAUGAUAUACCCACUUCAAAUCCAAGAUAUUGUCACUGCACCAUCAGGAACAGCAUACACUCCACUAUGGCUGCCACACCGGAGGAGUUGUUGGGCCUCGCCGAGCCUGCACCACUGUCCCCCUCCCUCUUCCUCGACCUUCCUCCAACGACCCAUGGUGACUCACAGAAUGACCUGGCCCUGGAAUACAUUUCGCGCAUGCUCACGGAGGAGGACAUCGUUGACAAGUUCUUCUACCAGUACCCUGACCACCCGAAGCUCCUGCAGGCGGAGCAGCCCUUUGCCGAGAUCCUCGCCGACACCUCAUCAUCCGCCGCCCAGGAGUCCUUUGCCUCCUCCACCUCCAUCUUGAUGGCCAGCCAAGGAAACAACACGGACUUCAUGGUCUCCGGGUGCCAGGUACAGGAUCCAGUCUUCUUCUUGAACGGCACAGGCACGGUGGAGCCCAAUAGUAUGGUGUUUCCCAGCAAGAGCAGCACCAGCAUGAACAUGCUGUCGAGCAUGGAAUUCUUCAAAGGCAUGGAGGGGGCUAACAUGUUCUUGCCCAUAGACGAUGUGAUGGUGGAUGGUACAGGCACGGACGUCAUGGUCUCCGGGUGCCAAGUACAGGAUCCAGUCUUCUUCUUGAACGGCACAGGCACGGUGGAGCCCAAUAGUAUGGUGUUUCCCAGCAAGAGCAGCACCAGCAUGAACAUGCUGUCGAGCAUGGAAUUCUUCAAAGGCAUGGAGGGGGCUAACAUGUUCUUGCCCAUAGACGAUGUGAUGGUGGAUGGUACAGGCACGGACGUCAUGGUCUCCGGGUGCCAAGUACAGGAUCCAGUCUUCUUCUUGAACGGCACAGGCACGGUGGAGCCCAAUAGUAUGGUGUUUCCCAGCAAGAGCAGCACCAGCAUGAACAUGCUGUCGAGCAUGGAAUUCUUCAAAGGCAUGGAGGGGGCUAACAUGUUCUUGCCCAUAGACGAUGUGAUGGUGGAUGGUACAGGCACGGACGUCAUGGUCUCCGGGUGCCAGGUACAGGAUCCAGUCUUCUUCUUGAACGGCACAGGCACGGUGGAGCCCAAUAGUAUGGUGUUUCCCAGCGAGAGCAGCACCAGCAUGAUCAUGCUGUCGAGCAUGGAAUUCUUCAAAGGCAUGGAGGAGGCCAACAUGUUCUUGCCCACAGACGAUGUGAUGGUGGAUGGUAGGGGGCGUAAGAAGAGGUCUGGCAUGGAUGGUGAGGCGGAGGCGGGCUUGGGCAGGAGCAGCAAGCAAAUAGUGGUGCUGCUGCAUAGUACUACUACCUUGGAGGAGGAGGAAGCCACCGCGCUGGAGAUGUUGGACCGGCUCAUCCUCAACGGCUACGAAGCAUGCCCGAGCGAGAUGCAGGAGGUAGUACGUGUCACCUGGGAAGACAAGGAGGACAAGGCAGCACGGCAGAGCAUCUCCAGGCGUGGGAGGCGCGGGGCGAGGCAUACAGUGGUGACUGACCUAGAGACUCUGCUGACCCGCUGUGCAGAAGCAGUGGUCAGCAACGACGUGCGUGGCGCGGGCAAGCUGCUGGAGCGGAUCAAGUGUCACUCGUCGCCGACGGGGGACGCUAGGCAGCGGCUGGCGCACUACUUCACCCAGGGGCUGGAGGCACGGCUGGCUGGCACGGGGAGCCGACUGUACAGAUCGCUCAUGGGGAAGCGCACCUCAGUCUUGGAGCUCAUCAGGGCCUUCCAUCUGCACACGGCCGUGAGCUGUUCGAUCAAGGUGGGGUUGCUCUUUUCCACCAACACCAUCUACAAGGCCGUUGCAGGGAGGAGGAAACUGCACAUUGUGCACUACGGCAUGACCACCGGGUUUCAGUGGCCGGACUUGCUCCGGUUGCUGGCGAAUAGGGAGGGUGGGCCACCGGAAGUGAGGAUCACCGGCAUCAACACCCCUCUGCCCGGGCCCUGUCCGGAUGCACUGAUGCAGGAGGCAGGGCACCGGCUCGACAAUUGCGCGAGCCAGUUCGGCGUGCCAUUCAAGUUCCACGCCAUCGCAUCCAAGCCGGAGGAUGUCCGGGCUGAGGACCUGCACAUCGAUCCAGAUGAGGUCCUGGUCGUGAGCAGCCUAUACGAGUUCAGGACCUUGAUGGACGAGAGCCUCACCUUUGACAUGGUAAGCCCAAGGGACAUGGUACUCAAAACUAUCAGGAAGAUGAGGCCGUCUGUGUUCAUCAGUUCCGUCGUCAAUGGACCAUACGGCGCGGCGUUCUUUAUGACGCGGUUCCGCCAUGCGCUCUACUACUUCACGGCGUUGUUCGAUGUUAUGGAGACCACCGUCCCAUGGGAUGGCGACAAGAGACUUCUGGUGGAGCGGGACAUACUUGCACGGUCCGCCAUAAACAUGAUCGCCUGUGAAGGCACAGACCGGGUGGAGCGCCCUCAGAACUACAAGGAGUGGCAGGCGCGGAACCAGCGAGCGGGGCUAAGGCAGCUGCCAUUGGACCCUGAUAUCGUUCUGAUGCUCAGGGACGAAGUGAAGAAUAGGUACCACAAGCAUUUCAUGAUCAGCGAGGAUCACCGGUGGCUUCUGCAAGGAUGGAAAGGUCGGGUGCUCUAUGCCCACUCCACAUGGGCAGCUGCUGAUGCUACUGGCUCUCUAGUGUGAUGGACUGAAAGUACCGGUAGACGCAACUUUCAUCAGUGUUUGAUGGUCUAUUGCAGUACCAGAUGUGUGUUUGCUCCUCUUUUGUAUCUGUAACUUAGUGACAGAAACCAUUAUCAGAUUGUCUGAGUGGCCCCUGUUUGUUCAUAGCUGCUGUGAGCACACAUAUCUCUGUUGAAUAAACAUGUAAAAUUGCCAUGACACUAUGUAGAAUCCCUGCAUGACAACAUCCUAAUAGCGCCUAUGCAUCAUAUCUGUCUACGCAAAACAACAUCCUAAUAGCCGGUCAUGUGCGAACAAGCGUUUGGUGGUCUGCGGGGGCGGAACCCAGCUCAUCGCCGGCCAAGAGACAGGUACGGCGAGCUUCUCCUCGUGCAGCCGCCACCAUUUCUCUCAGUCUCUGCUCAGCGUAGAAUCGACCCAUGCCGCAUUGUUGCAGACAUCUCUCUUGGCUCUCCCGCUGCCCCCCUUGUCACUUAUUCGCCUCUCUGCCAGGCAAAUGUCUUUGAGAAACUCAGCACCUCUGUUGUGUUUCGAUACAUUAUUUGCGUCCAGACAUUGUGUCACCGGGUAUAUCAGGGGUUCAUCACUAAUUUCAAUGGGGAACCAGGCAUAUCAGGGGGAUUCAGUGCCUUUUGUCACUGCACGAAGAUACUGUUUCGUGGUUCAGUUUGUGACAAGUGAUUAGAUAGUGCCGCUGCGUUUUUGAAUCCAGGACAAAGGUGAAUGGGCACUGAUUUUUCAGUUAUUUUUUUAUCGAGAGCUAGUCAGGUCUUGUGUAGGGGUUCAGUUUUCAUAGUGCUUUUUGUGUCAGGUUGCAGAUUCAGUUUAUGCAGACUUAGCUCAUGGUGCUUUUUUUUGGUUUAUUGAAUUCUGUGGGGGUAAUGUGUCUGGCAUUUUAGUCUGUUUUCUAUGCUGAUUCAGGGGAUUAUGAGACCUGCUCAGGUUUAUUUUCUCAUGAGAUUUAGUCAGUUCUAUGCAGGUUCAGUUUAGUGUGUUUUUCCUCGGAGCACAUUCAGAUUAUGCAUUGUUAUCCUCUUUCUCAGCAGCAGUCAGGAGAAUUCCUCCAAUAUUGUUAUGGCAUAAUUAUAUAACAAGCAGUAACGCAGGUGGCGAUGCAGGAGAACAGUGGCUUCAUGAUCCUCAGGUCAUUCAGUAUAUGUGUCUGUUACCUUUUUUUCUCAAAAGUAGCAAGGAGGGAACUCGCACAUUAUAUGUGUUUCAAGAUCUUAGUGAAUGCUUCUAAGGGCAGCCAGUUACUAUGUAUUUAUAUUUUCAGAGAAUUGGUUUGCUGCAGGAAACGAAGAUGUCUGCACUUUUUUGUUUGAUAUGUUUCUGCAGCAUCCUCUGAAUGUUUUUUAUGUGAACUUUUGUUUCAAGGGGUGUUACUAUUUGAUCAGUAAUUAAUCGUUUUGAGGCAACGUCUCACUAGCAUAGUAAUGUUUAUAUGGUUCUGUUGGCCUUAUUUUUUGACUGUACACUACCUCUGCUGCAAGGAAAUCCUCCAUUUUACAUUACAUCCAUCUGCUACAUAACAUGUGCUUUUUGUUUCUGCAGAAGAUCUGGGCACUCUAUGGCCCAGGGGUCAUCGAGCGGUGGCUACCAACCCAACUACGACCCUGAUGUUGAUCCGUCCAAUAGCGACAGCUUUGAGGAUAACACAGCAUCAAGUGACGAAGUAGUGCCAGCCCUUUUUUUGCAUCUAUCCUUUUCUUCCUUCGCACUUCCUUUUUUUUUCCUCCAGGUCUCCAGGUUAGACAUACUCAUUCUCUGCAUCCUGCAAAUUUGCAACCAUUUAACAUUUUUAGUUCAUGUUCAACUAGAAGUAUUAUAUUCUGAACAUGUUGAUCAACGGCAUCCUGAAAGAUUUGAGCAUUACGACAUGAGUAAUUUGAUUGGCGUAACUCAGUAAUCUUUAUUUCAGUCAAAUUCAGUGUUCCUCUCAGUCCUCUUCUUAGUCUCAAGUCUGUUUAGUUUUACUCCUUCAGUUUUUCUUAUGUAUGUCUUCAGUACUUGUCAUUUUUAGUUUGCAUUCCUCAGCUUAUAGUAUUGUUCAGUCAGUUCAGUUUAUAAGUUUUCAGACCCUUCUUUUCAGUCAUUUGUUGUUCUGAUUUUCUUAACAUUUAAUUCAUCUUAGUUUCUUAGUCUCUUAACAUUUGUUUUUCUUAAUUUUUGAUUUAGGUAUCUCAGUCCUGACAUUUUUUGUAGGCCUUUAGUCAUUAGUUUAUAUUCAGUUAUGUUCAGUUACUUUUUGUAUUGUUCAGUUUUUGUUUGUAUUAUCUCUUAGGUUUAUUUUUUCAGUCAUUAUUCAGCGUUCUUUCUUCAUUUCUCAUUAUUUUUACUCAUUCAUAUUUCCUCAGUUCAAUUCAAUGCUCUUCUUUUAGUCAUAGUUGCAUACCCGUUUUAUUGUUUGAUGCAGAGUUUUGGAUGUUCAGUCUCCAGAGUUUGAAGUUGAGCUUUGUAUGUUCACAGGAACCAUUUGAACUCUCUGUCAUGGCCUGAUGGAUUUGUGGGACGCUGGUAAGGAAGAUGAAGGUGUCCAAGUGUGGAGCAGGAAAGAAGCAUAACUGAACAUGGUUACAGGUUAAUGCAUCUAGAAAAACUUGCUACUACAUGUGAACUAAUCAAUUUUCAGGAUAAUACUAGAGAUCUUUUAAUGAUUUUACCUGCUAGUGCUACUACACGUGAACUCACAACAGCCUGACAUUUUAAAACAUAAAUUGAUGUCU